AUGCAGACGAGGUACAUGGAGAGAUCGAGCAGCGCCGCCAGGGAGAAGCGCAGUUUAGAUUCAGGUUCCACCGAGGAAGAUCAACCUGAAAAAAAGCGACCUGCUCUUGCUAGUGUAAUUGUUGAAGCCCUCAAGUUGGAUAGUCUACAGAAACUAUGUUCAUCAUUGGAGCCUAUUCUUCGUAGAGUGGUUAGCGAAGAAGUAGAGUGUGCUUUAGCAAAAUUAGUCCCUGCCAAGCUUAGUGGGAGGUCUUCUCCCAAGAGCAUAGAAGGCCCUGAUGACAGUAGUCUACAAUUACAAUUCAGGAACAGGUUAUCCCUUCCCCUCUUUACUGGUGGGAGAGUGGAGGGAGAGCAUGGCAGCGCUAUACACAUCGUUUUGAUUGAUAUAAUAACAGGCCAUGUUGUCACAUCUGGCCCAGCUUCAUGUGUCAAACUAGAUGUUAUUGUACUUGAAGGAGAUUUCAAUAACGAGGAUGAUGAGAAUUGGAGUGAAGAAGAUUUUGAUAGUCACGUAGUUAAAGAGCGAGAAGGAAAGAGACCUCUUCUGGCUGGUGAUCUGCAAGUGACACUGAAGGAGGGUGUAGGGACACUGGGUGAGCUUACAUUUACAGACAACUCUAGUUGGAUAAGGAGUAGGAAGUUCAGGCUGGGGCUCAAAGUUUCCUCAGGUUGUUAUGAGGGAACGCGUAUUCGUGAAGCCAAAACAGAGGCUUUCACUGUUAAGGAUCAUCGUGGAGAACUAUACAAGAAGCACUACCCACCUUCCUUGAAUGACGAGGUCUGGAGACUGGAGAAGAUCGGCAAGGAUGGUUCAUUUCACAAAAGGCUAAAUAAAGCAGGAAUAUAUACAGUUGAAGAUGUCGUACGACUUGUGGUCAGAGAUCCACAGAGAUUGCGGAAUAUUCUUGGGAGUGGUAUGUCAAAUAAAAUGUGGGAUGUUCUUGUUGAGCAUGCAAAGACUUGUGUUCUCAGUGGAAAACUCUAUGUGUACUAUCCCGAUGAUUCAAGGAAUGUUGGUGUUGUUUUCAAUAACAUCUAUGAGUUGAGUGGUCUAAUUACCAAUGACCAAUAUUACUCUGCUGAUUCUCUCUCUGGCAGUCAAAAGGUUUAUGUGGACACAUUGGUGAAGAAGGCAUAUGAGAAUUGGAUGCACGUUAUUGAGUAUGAUGGCAAGUCUCUGCUAAAUCACAAUCAGAAUAAGACUUUGGGCACCUCCCAACCUCUGGCUCCAGUGGGCUCCCAUGAUUAUUCAAUUUCAAACUCACUUGAUCAGCAGACCUCCAUCCCAAGUCUACCAAUUCCUGUAACUACUGGGCAGCCUUCAAUGGAUCCAGCCGUAACAGUCGGAGGUUAUCAUAAUGUCGCGACUACCAGAUGCUCAAUGCAUCCACAGAAUGAUAAUUUUCAUUCUUCUAUUGAGUUUGAUAACACUGCAUUCCCACUGCAAAACCAACUAAUGAAUGGUUCACUCCAAUGUCAACUUCCUACAAAUGAAAAUGGGCUGACUCUUGGUUCACGACAAUCAGCUACUCCUGGCUUUCAGAAUGUCAGCAUUUCGAAUCCUACUUAUAGAGGACUUGAAGACUACAUCCCAGAGGAGGAGAUUCGAUCUAGAAGUCAUGAGAUGCUGGAAAAUGAAGAUAUGCAGCAUCUGCUUCGUAUAUUUAAUAUGGGAGGAGGGCAAUCUCAUGCUUCCUUUAAUAAUCCAGAAGAUGCAUACCCUCCUUAUUCAUCUACUUAUAUGCCUGCGACCUCCGUGAGCUACAACUUAGAUGAUGAACGAAACCGUUCCUCAGGAAAGGCUGUUGUGGGCUGGCUUAAGCUUAAAGCAGCUUUGAGAUGGGGCAUUUUUAUUAGGAAGAGGGCCGCUGAGAGACGGGCACAACUUGUUGAGUUGGAUGACACAUAG